GACGUCACCGCCAGCUCGCUGAGGAUGCUGUUCGGGGCUUCUGCCUGGGGAACAAUUACGUCAUCCCGGCUUCCAGAGACGGUUGAGGCUAAUGGCGUCGUGUUAUUAGGGCAGUGCCCGGCUGGGUAGCUUACUUAUCAUUUUUACUCGUCAAGUUGUUUCUCCUCCCCGCGGAGAGAGACAAUUGUCCCAGCAGCAGCAACCACAACUCCUUGCAACUUGUUGCACACAAACAUAGUUUCCAUAGCAGCUGAGAGAGGAGCGAGGUGCCUGACCAAACCGACUCAGGCACAGCACUGAUGAGCUGAAAAUCUCUGCUCCCAGGACACAUGCACGAUGGGGGAGCCGGUACCUGCCGCUGUGGAUAAGAGACUGCAGUUUGUGGAAGAGUAUGUGCUGAAAACGCUAAAACUGAAGCCUGACCGCUGGCAGAAAUGCAUCUCCAGCGAGGAGAACAAGAUUAUCUUGCAGGCGUUUUUGGAAAAGGCAGAUCAGUUAGUGCUGAUAAUAAUCUUGAACCCGGCUGGGCUGCUGGUUCCAGUGCUAGAAUUUCCCAACUCUUUUAAGAAUAAAGCAGUGUAUUUUCUGAAGAGGAGCAAUGCUGCACUGAGCGCAGAUUCGAUGAAGAACAGUUUAAUCUACGGGGACCUCUCAUACACUCCUAUUGAUCACUUUUCUGCCUUAGUGGAAGAGAUUGUGGUCCCAAUUUUGGGCAACCAGAAGAAUCAUCAAAAUUGGCCUCAUGUGGUGUCCCAGGAUGUAAAGCGGCAUGUAGACAACUUGAAAAGUAGUGUCUUUGUGAUGGUGGGUCAGGUUCGAGGGAAGACAUUGCUCCCUCUUCCGUCAGGUUCAGAGAAAGUGGAGUACAUCAGCUACGACAGUGAGAACAGUGACCACCUAGACAAGACAGUCAUCCAUGCUAUUGAAUCUGCAAUCAUUCAAUGGAGUCAUCAGGUGCGUGGAGUACUGAAGAGAGAAUCAUCUGAGCAACUUUUACACGGAAAGAACCCAAACCCCAUUGUAGAGCUAGAUUUCUGGAAAAACAGAUAUGCUGACCUGGAGUGUAUAUACAAUCAACUAAAAACUAAUAAAGUACGCAGGAUGGCAGAGCUGUUAGAUAAAAUGGAAAGCAGCUAUUUCCCAGCAUUCAAAGCAUUGUUCAGGGAUGUUGUAGCAGCCUUGUCAGAAGCUCAGGAUAUUAAUCUCUACCUAAAGCCUCUUCAUCGCCACUUUGACGAAAUAGAGAAUGUUGAAUUUAAUGAAGUAAAACCUCUAAUUGUUCCUCUGCUGCAUGUGCUGUGCUUGGUGUGGGCUCGUUCCAAAUACUACAACACCCCCACAAGGAUUAUAGUCCUGAUGCAGGAAAUCUGCAACCUCUUCAUCCAGCAGGCUCAAAACUACUUAAACCCAGAAGACCUGAUGAAGGGAGAAGCGGAGGAAAGUGUGGCCCGAGUGCGGGAUGUCCUCUCCACCUUACAGUUUCUCAUACACACAUUUGAGUAUAGUAGGGAAAAACUGCCAAGCUAUUUCAAGAAUGGGAUAGAAGUGAAAACUUGGGACUUUCCACCUGUGCUCAUCUUUGCUAGGUUGGAAUGCUUCAUAAAGAGACUGGAAGCCAUAGAGGAUUUAUUAGUGACCGCCCUGGACAUGAUGAAACUGGAUAAAAUAGAGUUUGGAGGUAUUAAAGGAAAAGUUUUAACUCAAACCGUGGCUGAGAUGUACCAAGAGUUCCAGGACACUUAUAAAGUGUUCUCUGAGAGAACGUACAACUGCCUGGAUGUAGGGAAUAAGGAGUUUGAGGCAGAUGUCUUGGAGUUCAAACUGAGAGUGGAAGAUAUGGACAGACGGCUGGGGACUGUGUUCUACUUGGCAUUUGAUGACGCCUCAGGCCUGGAACAUGCCUUCAGGCUGUUAGAUAUGUUCGGAAGUCUGCUGGACAGACCCCUAAUUGCCCAGGAUGCAUUUGAUAAAUACCCUCUUCUUAUUGCUAUGUUUGAACAAGAACUGGACUCCGCAAAAGCUAUUUAUGACAACCACUUGCAAGAAGUCUCAGAGCAAGGAUAUCCACAGAUCAAUAAAAAUAUGCCCCUGGUCGCCGGGAACCUGAACUGGGCUAAAGAGCUGAGAGAGCGCCUGCAGAUUAAUUACAGCAACUUCUACCACAUUACACACCCUUGCAUGGAAUCUGAUGAAGGCAAAAGAAUGAAGCUGAAGUAUGAAGAGAUGAUGGCUCUAUUGGAUAAGUAUGUAGAGCAACUAUAUGCAGAAUGGUGCCAGACAGUAUCGGAAAAGUCCCAGUAUAAUCUUAAGCGACCUCUCAUUAUACGUGAAGAAAGCUCCAACUUGAUAAACGUCAAUUUUGACCCACAGCUGGUGUCUGUGCUCCGCGAAGUAAAAUAUCUCCAAACGCUUCGGAUGGAGACUGUCCCAAAAGAAGCUGAGGACAUCUUCACAUCCAAAGAGUCCUACAGACAGUACACUGCCAACUUGGAGCUGGCUACCAACUGGUACAAUAAAGUCAUCAGCACCAUCCUCGAGGUCGAGUUUCCCCUGGUAGAAACACAGCUGAAAGAGAUUGAUGUCCGGUUGAAGUCUGCUGAAGAAAAUUUAAACUGGAAAGCAGUCGGGGUUUGGGAUUACGUCCAGCAGAUUAGAGACAGCAUCCAUGAUCUGGAGCGACGGGUACAGAAAGCCAGAGACAAUGUGGAGGAAAUCCAAGCCAUUAUGAAGACUUGGGUGUUUCCCAUUUUUGAGCGGAAAGAUGGGAAGAAAGACACUCUUCUAAACCUGGAUGAUAGGAGUGAACGACUGGAGAAACGUUACAACCUCAUCCGGGAAUCUGGAUCCAAGAUUCACCAACUGCUGAAGGAAAACAUGGAUCUCUUCUCCGUAAACCCAACUUCUGACAUCUGGAAAGCGUACGUGGAUUACAUAGAUGAAAUGGUUCUUGAUGGAUUCUUCAGUGCUAUUGAGUGCUCAUUAAAAUUCAUUUUGGAUAACAUGGAUACAAAGUCUGGACUCGCCCCAUUAUUUGAAGUGCAGUUGGACCUUGUGAUUCCAGACAUGGUGUUUCGACCGUCACUGGACCUUGGUUCCAGUGAUGGCCUAUAUGAUAUCAUAGAAGGACUUAUCAAUGAUAUCUACAGAAUUUCAUCUCUAGUGCCCAGGCUGUCCCAAAACAACACAUUCCCCAACUAUCAGGCCGAUAUGGAAGACAUGGUGGAUUUAGCAGACAUGCGUAACUUCCUCAUGGAAAGUGUCCAGAACAUGAUGACUACGUGCUCUGAAUACCGUAACUCCUUCGACCAGUAUGCUUACCUCUAUGUAGAUGACCGUAAGGAGUUUAUGCGCCAGUUCCUGCUCUAUGGCCAUGUGCUGACUGCAGAAGAGAUAGAAGCUCAUGCGGAGGAUGGCGUCCCAGAGACACCUCCCACUUUACAAUUGUUCAGGGAGCAGAUAGAUUCUUAUGAGAAAAUCUAUGAUGAAGUCAACCGUCUGGAGCCGGUCAAUGUGUUUGAGUGCUGGAUGAAGGUAGAUUCCCAGCCCUUCAAAUCUGCCCUGCUCAAUGUGAUCAAGAGGUGGAGUCUGAUGUUUAAGCAGCACCUUAUUGAUCAUGUAACAAACAGUCUACUCGAUCUGGAAGACUUUAUCAAGUUGGCAAAACAGGGGUUGAGUAAACAGCUGAAAGAAGGAGACUACAAAGGGUUGGUGGAAAUAAUGGGUCAUUUAAUGGCUGUAAAGGAUCGACAAAGCAGCACCGAUGAGUUGUUUGAACCUUUGAAACAGACCAUAGAGUUGCUGAAGGUCUAUGAGCAGGAACUACCUGACGAGGUCUACAAACAGCUGGAGGAGCUGCCGGAAAAAUGGAACAACAUUAAGAAGAUGGCUAUUACUGUAAAGCAGCAGGUAGCACCGUUACAAGCCAAUGAAGUCACACUUCUGCGCAGGAACUGUGCCUCAUUUGAUGUUGAACAGCACAAUUUCAGAGAGAGGUUUCGCAAGGAGGCGCCUUUUAGGUUUGACAGCGUUUCACCAUAUAACAUGCUUGAUCUUAAACAUAUCGAAAUUAAUAAAAUGGAGGCCAGUAUGGCCUCAAUUUAUGAGUCUGCAGCCUUGUUUGAAGUCAGUAUUCCAGAUUACAAGCAAUUAAAACAAUGUAGGAAAGAAGUUUGUCUUCUUAAGGAACUAUGGGAUAUGAUCAAGUUGGUUACCUCCAGCAUGGAUGACUGGCAAACCACCAGAUGGAGAGAGAUCAAUGUAGAGAACAUGGACCUCGAGUGUAAGAGGUUUGCAAAGGACAUCCGAAAUUUGGACAAGGAGAUGAGAGCUUGGGAUGCAUUCACAGGACUUGAUAAUCAAGUGAAGAACAUAUUAACAUCUUUUCGAGCCGUGGCAGAACUUCAAAAUACAGCUAUCCGUGAAAGACACUGGAGUCAAUUGAUGCAAGCAACUGGUGUUCGCUUCACUAUGGAUGAAGACACCACUCUUGCUGACCUGCUAAAGCUUAACCUUCAUAAUUUUGAGGAUGAAGUACGUGGCAUCGUGGACAAAGCUGUUAAAGAAAUGGGCAUGGAAAAAGUGUUAAAGGAGCUUGACACUACUUGGAGUGGGAUGAAUUUUCAAUAUGAAAAUCACCCCCGUACAAAUGUGCCCUUGAUCAGGUCAGAUGAAGAGCUUAUUGAGACUUUGGAGGAUAAUCAAGUUCAGCUUCAGAACCUAAUGACCUCAAAGUACAUAGCAUACUUUUUAGAGGAAGUUUCAGGCUGGCAAAAGAAACUGUCCACGGCUGACUCUGUGAUCUUUAUCUGGUUUGAGGUUCAGCGUACCUGGUCCCAUCUAGAAAGCAUUUUUAUUGGUUCAGAUGACAUUAGAGCACAGCUUCCCGAGGAUUCAAAGAGAUUUGAAGGCAUUGAUACAGACUUCAAAGAGUUGGCAAAUGAUGCUAAUGGGACUCCAAAUGUUGUGGAAGCUACCAAUAAGCCAGGACUAUAUGAUAAACUGGAAGAUAUUCAGGGACGGUUAUCAUUAUGUGAAAAAGCGUUGGCUGAAUACCUAGACACCAAACGUCUGGCGUUUCCCAGAUUUUACUUCAUAUCAUCAGCUGAUCUGUUGGAUAUCCUGUCCAAUGGGACUGAUCCACAACUUGUUAUGCGGCACCUGUCCAAAUUAUUUGACAAUAUGGCAAAGAUGAAAUUCAAAGAUGCAGAGUCUAAGACCAGUCUUGGCAUGUACAGCAAAGAAGAUGAAUAUGUGAUAUUCAAUAAGCCCUGUGACUGCAGCGGGCAGGUUGAAACCUGGCUUAACCGUGUACUGGACACUAUGAGGGACACUGUUAGACAUGAAAUGACUGAAGCUGUCACAGCAUAUGAGGAGAAGCCCAGAGAGCAAUGGCUGUUUGAUUACCCUGCCCAGGUUGCUCUCUCUUGCACACAGAUUUGGUGGACCACAGAGGUUGGUAUCUCCUUUGCCCGGCUGGAGGAAGGCUAUGAGAACGCCAUGAAAGAGUAUUACAAGAAGCAGGUCAGCCAGCUGAACACACUCAUCACCAUGCUGAUUGGCCAGUUGUCUUCUGGGGACAGACAAAAAAUUAUGACUAUCUGCACCAUUGAUGUACACGCCCGUGACGUGGUCUCUAAAAUAAUUGCACAAAAGGUUGACAAUGCUCAGGCCUUUGUGUGGCUGUCACAGCUCAGGCACCGGUGGGACGAUGACAAGAAGCAUUGCUUUGCCAACAUCUGUGAUGCCCAGUUCCUUUAUUCUUAUGAAUAUCUUGGCAAUACUCCCCGACUGGUUAUCACUCCUCUGACAGAUAGAUGUUAUAUUACGCUGACCCAAUCCCUUCAUCUAACCAUGAGUGGAGCCCCCGCUGGACCAGCUGGUACUGGAAAGACUGAAACCACCAAGGAUUUGGGCCGAGCUCUUGGUAUCAUGGUUUAUGUCUUCAACUGCUCUGAGCAAAUGGACUACAAGUCCUGUGGGAGCAUCUACAAAGGUCUCUCUCAGACAGGAGCCUGGGGGUGCUUUGAUGAAUUCAAUCGAAUCUCUGUGGAGGUGUUAUCUGUAGUUGCUGUACAGGUGAAAAGUAUACAAGAUGCCAUCAGAGACAAGAAAAAGAGAUUUAACUUUCUGGGAGAAGAGAUUAAUCUAAUUUCAUCAGUCGGUAUCUUCAUUACAAUGAAUCCGGGGUACGCUGGCCGUACGGAGCUACCAGAAAAUCUUAAGGCACUGUUUAGACCCUGUGCCAUGGUGGUCCCUGAUUUUGAACUCAUCUGUGAAAUCAUGUUGGUGGCAGAAGGAUUCAUUGAAGCCAGGCUGUUGGCAAGGAAGUUUAUAACUCUCUACCAGCUGUGCAAAGAGCUUCUUUCAAAACAGGACCAUUAUGAUUGGGGCUUGAGAGCCAUCAAAUCUGUGUUGGUGGUAGCUGGCUCCCUGAAGAGAGGAGACCCUGACCGCCCUGAAGACCAGGUCCUCAUGAGAGCUCUGCGUGACUUCAACAUUCCCAAGAUCGUGACAGAUGACAUGCCUGUGUUCAUGGGCCUGAUUGGAGACCUCUUCCCAGCAUUGGAUGUGCCCAGGAAGAGAGAUCUUGGCUUUGAAACAUUUGUGAAGCAGGCUGUUUUGGACCUCAAAUUACAAGCUGAAGACAACUUUGUUUUGAAGGUGGUCCAGUUGGAAGAACUGUUGGCUGUCCGACACUCAGUUUUCAUUGUUGGCAAUGCAGGCACUGGAAAAUCUCAAGUCCUGAAGUCCCUAAAUAAAACCUACCAAAUCAUGAAGAGACGGCCUGUGUGGACUGACCUUAAUCCCAAAGCUGUCACCAAUGAUGAGCUGUUUGGUAUCAUUAACCCAGCCACCAGAGAGUGGAAAGACGGUCUGUUUUCCUCAAUCAUGCGUGACCUGGCCAACGUUACACAUGAUGGACCCAAGUGGAUAGUCCUUGAUGGAGAUAUUGAUCCAAUGUGGAUUGAGUCCUUAAAUACCGUCAUGGAUGAUAAUAAGGUUUUAACUCUGGCCAGUAAUGAGCGAAUCCCCCUGAAUCCCACCAUGAGGCUGGUGUUUGAGAUCAGUCACUUGCGGACUGCGACUCCGGCCACUGUGUCCAGAGCAGGUAUCCUGUACAUCAACCCUGCAGAUCUGGGCUGGAAUCCACCAGUCACUAGCUGGAUUGACAAGAGGGAGAUCCAAUCUGAGAGAGCCAACCUAACCAUUCUGUUUGACAAGUACCUGCCUGUGUGCCUGGACACACUCCGAACCAGAUUGAAGAAGAUUAUACCAAUCCCAGAGCAGAGCAUGGUGCAGAUGUUGUGCUACCUCCUGGAAUGUCUCCUGACCACGGAAAAUACACCUCCUGACUGCCCCAAGGAGCUGUACGAGCUGUACUUUGUGUUUGCUGCUGUGUGGGCUUUUGGAGGAGCCAUGUUUCAGGAUCAGCUGGUUGAUUACAGAGUGGAGUUUAGCAAAUGGUGGGUGACUGAAUUCAAGACCAUCAAGUUCCCAUCUCAGGGAACUGUGUUUGACUAUUACAUCGACUCCGAGAGCAAGAAGUUUGAGCCAUGGUCUAAGCUCAUCCCAAAGUUUGAAUAUGAUCCUGAGAUGCCAUUACAGGCUUGUCUAGUUCAUACUAAUGAGACCAUCAGAGUUCGUUACUUUAUGGAAAAAUUGCUGGAGAAGAAGAGGCCAGUAAUGUUGGUCGGCAAUGCUGGCACAGGAAAAUCAGUGUUGGUUGGGGAAAAGCUAUCUUCUUUAGAUCCUGAUGAGUAUUUAAUCAAGAAUGUGCCAUUCAACUAUUACACCACAUCAGCCAUGCUACAAGCUAUUCUAGAGAAGCCACUAGAGAAAAAAUCUGGCCGGAAUUAUGGUCCACCGGGUACCAAGAAGCUGAUCUACUUUAUUGAUGAUAUGAAUAUGCCAGAGGUUGAUACUUAUGGAACGGUGCAGCCUCACACACUCAUCCGCCAACACAUGGACUAUGGACACUGGUACGACAGGAACAAGCUGACAAUGAAAGAGAUAAUGAAUGUCCAGUACGUGUCUUGCAUGAAUCCCACAGCUGGCAGCUUCACCAUCAACCCCCGACUUCAGAGACAUUUCAGUGUGUUUGCUCUAUCAUUCCCUGGCAUGGAUGCCCUUGCUACAAUCUACAGCACUAUUCUGACUCAACAUCUGAAGGCGGGCAACUUCCCUACUCCUCUGCAGAAGACUACACAGCAGCUGAUUAGCUUAGCCUUGUCUAUGCAUCAGAAAGUGACAUCAACCUUCUUGCCCACAGCCAUAAAGUUCCACUAUAUCUUUAACCUAAGGGACCUAUCCAACAUAUUCCAGGGCAUUCUGUUCUCCACGCCAGAUUGCCUUAAAACUCCACAAGACUUGGUGAAGCUUUACCUCCAUGAAUCUAACCGCGUCUACCGAGAUAAGAUGGUAGAACAAAAAGAUUUUGACAUGUUUGAUAAGCUCCAGACAGAAUUGGUGAUGAAGUUCUAUGAUGACAUAAAUGAAAUGCUGGAACAAGCGAAGGUGAUGAAUAUGUUUUGCCAUUUUGCUAACGGAGUUGGAGAACCCAAGUAUAUGCCGGUCCAGUCUUGGCAGUCAUUAAAUAAAAUCUUGGUGGAUGCGCUGGAUAGUCACAAUGAGGUCAACGCUGCAAUGAAUCUGGUUCUGUUUGAAGAUGCGAUGUGUCAUAUUUGUCGAAUCAACCGUAUUCUGGAGUCCCCCAGAGGGAAUGCUCUGCUGGUUGGAGUGGGAGGAAGUGGAAAGCAGAGUCUGACAAGAUUGGCAGCUUAUAUUAGCUCCUUGGAGGUUUUCCAGAUCACUCUCAGGAAGGGCUAUGGUAUCCCUGAUCUCAAGGCUGACCUGGCAAGCCAGUACAUCAAAGCAGGAGUGAAGAAUGUGGGCACAGUUUUCCUGAUGACCGAUGCUCAGGUGUCUGAUGAGAAGUUCCUUGUUCUAGUCAAUGACUUGUUGGCCUCUGGUGAGAUUCCGGACCUGUUUCCUGAUGAUGAGGUGGAAAAUAUAAUUGGCAGCGUAAGGAAUGAAGUGAAAAGCCAGGGCCUGAUGGACACAAGAGAAAACUGCUGGAAAUUCUUCAUUGAUAGAGUUCGGAGACAACUGAAGGUUGCUCUAUGUUUCUCGCCUGUCGGCAGCAAGUUGCGGGUUCGGAGCAGGAAAUUCCCUGCUGUCGUCAACUGUACUGCUAUUGACUGGUUCCAUGAGUGGCCACAGGAGGCGCUGGAAUCUGUCAGUCUGCGUUUCCUCCAAGAAACAGAGAAUGUUGAGGCACCUGUCAAGGAAUCCAUAAGUAAAUUUAUGGCUUAUGUGCACAUGAGUGUUAAUGAGUUGUCGAAAAGUUAUCUGACUAAUGAGCGCCGCUACAAUUACACCACUCCCAAGUCUUUCCUGGAGCAAAUCAAGCUGUACCAGAACCUACUGAGGAAGAAAGGUAAAGAGCUUGCUGCAAAGAUGGAACGUCUGGAGAAUGGCUUAGAAAAGUUGAACAGCACCUCUGCCCAGGUGGAUGAUCUAAAAGCAAAACUUGCAGCACAAGAGGUGGAUCUUAAGCAAAAGAACGAAGAUGCCGAUAAACUCAUCCAGGUGGUAGGUGUGGAAACUGAGAAGGUGGGUAGAGAGAAAAGAGUGGCUGAUGACGAGGAGAAGAAGGUAGCUGUGAUUGCAGAAGAGGUCGGAAAGAAGCAGAGAGACUGUGAAAAAGACUUGGCCAAAGCAGAACCAGCUUUAAUAGCCGCACAAGAAGCCCUGAACACUCUCAACAAGAACAACCUUACUGAGCUGAAGUCUUUUGGCUCCCCACCUUCAGCCGUCACCAAUGUCACGGCAGCUGUUAUGGUCCUCACAGCCCCUGGAGGUAAAGUCCCCAAAGACAGGAGCUGGAAGGCUGCCAGAGUGGUCAUGGGCAAAGUGGACAGCUUUUUAGACACCCUGAUAAACUUCAAAAAGGAGAGUAUUCAUGAAAACUGCAUGAAAGCUAUUCAGCCAUACUUGAAUGACCCAGAGUUCAAUCCAGAAUUCAUUACAUCCAAAUCGCAAGCUGCUGCUGGGCUUUGUUCCUGGGUCAUCAACAUUGUGAAGUUCUUUGAAGUCUACUGUGAGGUGGAGCCAAAACGCCAAGCCCUGAACAAGGCUAAUGCUGAGCUACAAGCCGCGGAAGAGAAACUGGCCACUAUCAAAGCUAAAAUUGCUCAUCUGAAUGAAAACCUUGGCAAGCUAACAGCAAAGUUUGAGAAAGCAACUGCAGAUAAGUUGAAGUGUCAACAGGAAGCUGAUGCUACCGCUCUGACCAUCUCCCUCGCCAACCGUCUGGUUGGAGGACUUGCCUCAGAAAAUGUUAGAUGGGCUGAAGCAGUCAGGAGCUUCAAGCUCCAAGAGAGAACUUUGUGUGGAGAUGUUCUACUGAUCACCGCCUUUGUCUCCUACCUCGGUUACUUCACCAAGAAGUACAGGCAAGACCUCAUGGAUAAGACCUGGAAGCCAUAUCUUGGGCAGCUUAAAGUCCCUAUUCCGGUGACUGAAUCACUGGACCCCCUAACCAUGCUGACCGAUGAUGCUGAUAUUGCAGCUUGGCAAAAUGAAGGGCUUCCUGCUGACCAAAUGUCAACUGAAAAUGCGACAAUCCUGACAAACUGUGAGAGGUGGCCAUUGAUGGUGGAUCCACAGUUACAAGGGAUCAAAUGGAUCAAAAACAAGUAUGGAGAAAAUCUUCGGGUUCUCAGGAUUGGACAAAGAGGAUACUUGGAUGUUCUGGAGAGAGCACUUUCAGGAGGGGAUGUAGUGCUCAUUGAAAAUCUUGAGGAGAGUGUGGAUCCAGUCCUGGGUCCUUUACUGGGCAGAGAAACUAUCAAGAAAGGAAGCUGCUAUCGAUAUCAGAAAGUGGCACUGCAGUUGUCAAGCCUUUUGCAGAGUUCUACCAGGUUCUUAAGAGAGAGAGGCAAGAUUCCGCAGAUGUUGUUGUACAUUAAGAUUGGGGAUAAGGAAUGUGAGUACAGCCCCAGUUUCCGUCUUAUCCUGCACACAAAACUGGCCAACCCCCAUUAUCAGCCUGAGAUGCAGGCACAGUGCACCCUGAUUAAUUUCACUGUCACCCGUGACGGGCUGGAGGACCAGCUGUUGGCGGCUGUAGUGAGCAUGGAGCGACCAGAUCUGGAAGAACUCAAGUCAAAUCUAACCAAGGAACAGAACGGGUUCAAAAUCACCCUGAAGACCUUGGAAGACAAUCUACUCUCUCGUCUUUCUUCUGCCUCUGGAAAUUUCCUGGGAGAUAUUGAGCUGGUGGAGAACUUAGAAAUCACAAAAAAGACAGCAGCUGAAAUUGCAGAGAAGGUCGAAGAAGCCAAAGUGACGGAGGUAAAACUGAAUGAAGCUCGAGAACAUUACCGCCCGGCUGCUGCUCGUGCCUCCCUCCUCUACUUCAUAAUGAACGACCUCAACAAGAUCCAUCCUAUGUAUCAGUUUUCACUGAAGGCGUUCAGUGUGGUUUUCCAGCAGGCAGUUCAGAAGGCCCCAGCAGAUGAAGUCCUGAAACAACGGGUGAUGAACCUCAUAGAGAGUAUCACAUUCUCUGUGUUCCAGUACACGACCAGGGGUCUGUUUGAAUGUGACAAGUUAACUUAUACCGCACAAGUGGUUUUCCAGAUCCUGCUGAUGAGUAAAGAGAUUAAUACAGUUGAGUUAGAUUUCCUGCUGCGUUUCCCAGCCCAGCCUGGCCUUACAAGCCCAGUUGAUUUCCUUUCCAACCAGUCCUGGGGUGGAAUCAAGGCUUUGUCGGCCAUGGAUGAGUUCAAGAGCUUAGAUCGAGACAUUGAAGGUUCAGCCAAACGCUGGAAGAAGUUUGUGGAGUCAGAGUGUCCCGAGAAGGAAAAGUUCCCUCAGGAAUGGAAGAGUAAGACAGCCCUGCAGAGACUGUGCAUGAUGAGGGCAAUACGUCCCGAUCGGAUGACUUAUGCAGUCAGGGACUUUGUGGAAGAAAAAUUAGGCAGUAAAUAUGUUGUUGGGAGGUCCUUGGACUUUGCAGCAUCAUACGAGGAGUCUGGACCAGCUACACCAAUGUUCUUCAUAUUGUCUCCUGGUGUGGACCCUCUGAAGGAUGUUGAGAAACAAGGAAGAAAACUGGGUUACACAUUUGACAAUCAGAAUCUCCAUAAUGUGUCUCUGGGGCAAGGGCAGGAGAUUGUGGCUGAGCAAGCUCUAGAUCUGGCAGCAAGAGAAGGACACUGGGUUAUCUUGCAGAACAUUCAUCUAGUGGCCAAGUGGCUGGGCACCCUGGAGAAGAAGCUGGAACGUCACAGUGAAGGGAGCAACCCAAAUUUCCGAGUGUUUAUCAGUGCCGAGCCUGCUGGUUCACCCGACGGUCACAUCAUUCCACAGGGUAUUUUAGAGAACUCCAUCAAAAUCACUAAUGAGCCACCCACUGGCAUGCACGCCAACCUGCAUAAAGCCUUGGAUAAUUUUAAUCAGGACACGCUAGAGAUGUGCACCCGGGAAACCGAGUUUAAGAGCAUAUUGUUCGCCCUGUGUUACUUCCAUGCUGUUGUGGCAGAGAGGAGAAAGUUUGGCCCUCAGGGCUGGAACCGUUCUUAUCCCUUCAACACUGGAGAUCUCACCAUAUCCGUCAAUGUGCUGUACAACUACCUGGAGGCCAACGCAAAGGUCCCCUAUGAUGACUUGCGCUAUCUGUUUGGUGAGAUCAUGUAUGGAGGUCACAUCACAGAUGACUGGGAUCGGCGAUUAUGCAGAACUUAUCUGGAGGAGUAUAUAAAGCCUGAAAUGUUAGAAGGGGAGAUGUUUUUGGCCCCAGGAUUCCCACUUCCUGGAAAUUCAGAUUACAAUGGUUAUCAUCAGUAUAUUGAUGAUGUCCUACCAGCGGAAUCUCCCUACCUGUAUGGCCUUCACCCCAACGCAGAGAUUGGCUUCUUGACUCAGACCUCAGAAAAACUAUUCCGCACUGUGUUAGAGAUGCAGCCCCGUGACAGUAGUAUGGGUGAAGGUGGAGGGGUCACUCGGGAGGAGAAGGUUAAAGCAACAUUGGAUGAAGUCCUAGAGAAGCUCCCUGAAGAAUUUAAUAUUGCGGAACUCAUGGCAAAGGCGGAGGAGAGAACUCCAUACAUUGUAGUCGCGUUCCAGGAAUGCGAGAGGAUGAACAUGCUCACUAGUGAGAUGAGGCGUUCACUGAAAGAGCUCGAUUUAGGGCUGAAGGGAGAGUUGACCAUGACUAGUGAUAUGGAAAAUUUGCAGAAUGCAAUUUUUCUGGACCAAGUUCCUGAUUCAUGGACCAAGAGAGCCUAUCCAUCCAUGGCUGGUCUAGCCAGCUGGUUUGUUGACCUUCUCAGUCGUAUAAAGGAGCUGGAGACCUGGACAGGGGACUUUGCUUUACCAUCUGCUGUCUGGCUGGCUGGCUUCUUCAAUCCUCAGUCCUUCCUUACAGCUAUCAUGCAGUCCAUGGCCAGGAAGAAUGAGUGGCCCCUUGAUAAGAUGACCCUUCAAUGUGAUGUGACCAAGAAGAAUAGAGAGGACUUUAGCAGUCCUCCGCGAGAAGGUGCCUACGUUCACGGCCUGUUUAUGGAGGGAGCACGUUGGGAUACCCAGACUGGUAUUAUCACAGAUGCGAGGUUGAAGGAAUUGACUCCAGGCAUGCCCGUCAUCUUCAUCAAGGCUAUCCCUGUGGAUAAGCAAGAGACCCGCAACAUAUAUGCCUGUCCUGUUUAUAAGACCCGCCAGAGAGGACCAACCUAUGUAUGGACAUUUAAUCUGAAGACAAAGGAGAACCCAUCAAAGUGGGUUCUAGCUGGACUAGCGCUACUCUUACAGAUUUAAACAGUUUAUUAAGAGAAAUUAUAUUUCCUUUAUUUUACUUGCUGGGUUAUCUGAUUCAACAUUGUUCUUUUACCAGACACUUUUACACUUUCACUUGCACAAAAGGAACAUUUGCACCUUAUACAAAUAUAGAAAACCCAGUAUUAAUGGAGAAAUACUGUACAGAAAAUGCUGUGUUGUUCUUCAAUGCACUAAUGAGGUUAUUUUAUUAAACCGUCAAUAAAGCAUUUUGUUCUCUUA